CAGUACAUCCCCAAAAUAAUGCACCAGUCUCUUAAGUGGUCUAACGAAGACCCAUACCCACUGAAUGACCCAGAGUGUGACAGUCCCUGGCAAAUUGUCAGUAAACCAACUAGACAUAGUGAUGAUGCAAAAAAAACCUCACUAGUGCAGGAUAAACUGAAAGAAAUUAAACCCGUGUAUAGGUAUCUGCCUGCUAAGGGAACAAAAGCUUUGCUCACUGUUAGCAAUAACCAGGGUAGAAAAAAGAAAAAGCACAUGCAUGUCAGCAAUGAAACAGGCCUCGAUGACAAAAAGAUGAGAACCGCUUCACCCCUUUCAUUAUACUCAAGCCCUAACAACUACAGUUGCGCAUAUGAUAGCCUUUUCUCCAUACUGCUCAAGGUGUUCACAGAUUGUCCACAGCAAUGGAAUGAUACUGUCAAAAACCAGAAUGACUUUCUUCACAAGUUCACUAAUGUCUUUACAAAGGUACUC